GACGAAAGCGGGCCAGUGUUAUCUGAGGUUUGAGUGAAGAAAGAGUUCGUCUUGCUUUCGGAAAUGGUGAGAGAAAAAAACUCGCACUGAAACUUUCGUCUCUCGUGGCAUUAAUAUCAAAGCAUGGUCUAGAAGUGCCAAAGUCGACAGUGUAAAAACAUUUAUUCUGCAGUUUGUGACUCAUCUGUCAAAACAUUUUCCAAUUGGACUCAAAAUGACAACAAUCGGGAGACUGUGGCGGCAGUAUGUGCCAGCAAGAGUGAGCGAACUGCUAGCCGUGAUCAGCGUAACUUCUACCUGCAUGCUCUUCAUACACACAAGCCAUCUGCAGUCUCAGCUGGCUGUCUACACCAACCAUCUGGAUGACCCAACUGGAGUCCACCAAGCCGGGUCCUCGAGCGCCUUCGUGAGCAGAUCGGAGGCUGACGUCCCCGGCAGCGCGCAGAAGGAGUCCUCCUCGCAUCACAAACCGAAAUAUGGCGGCUUUAAUCUGGAUGAGUUUCGGAAUAUUGACCCGAUGACUUUGAACAACACCGUGAACCAUCACAAGAUGACCCUAGUGUUCAAUCGAGUGCCCAAAGUCGGCAGCCAGAGCACCAUGGAACUGCUCCGUGCACUCAGUUACAAGAAUGGUUUCACGUUCCAUAAGGAUCGCCCGCAAAAGGUCGAGAACAUCAAGCUCUCCGAAAGAGAGCAGAAACGACUGGUGCAGUUGGUGGAUGUCUUCCGGCCGCCAUCAGUCUAUGUCAAGCAUGUUUGUUAUAUCAAUUUCACAACGUUCAACGUAACGCAGCCAUUGUAUGUGAACAUGGUGCGAGAUCCAGUUGAGCGUGUUAUCUCUUGGUAUUAUUACGUAAGAGCACCAUGGUACUUCGUCGAACGCAAGCAAGCUUUCCCCGAAUUACCUUUACCUUCUGCUAUGUGGCUACGGAAGGACUACGAGACAUGUGUCCUAACUGGGGACAGAGAAUGUCAAUACAAGGAAGGAGAUGAAAGACCUGAUUUCGCCCAACUCACAGAGUUCUUUUGCGGACAAGACAAAAAGUGCACUGGGUUCAACACAGAAUAUGCACUGCAGAAGGCAAAGGAAAAUGUAGAGAAGCAUUACUCUGUUGUUGGCGUUCUAGAGGACCUCAACACUACCUUGACAGUCCUGGAACAUUAUGUCCCCAGAUUCUUCAGAGGAGCCAAAGAUCUAUACUGGAAUGAGGUGCAGAGAUUCUCCAAGGUGAACCGCAAUAUCUACAAACCACCUGUUCCUGACAGAAUAAAGGAUAUUGUGCGGAAGAACUUUACAAGAGAAAUAGAAUUUUAUGAGUUCUGCAAACGUCGAAUGUAUAUGCAAUAUGCUGCACUAAAUCUUCCUGAGAUACCAUAAAAGGCCAAUGUUCUUUUAGAAAAAUUUGAUAUGGAAAAGCUAGUUUGUUUCUCUUGUGUAGCAGCGAGAAUAUAUAUGUAUGGCUUGGUUUUUUCUGGAUCAAUUACUAUAUUUCACAAAUCCAUUAUUGCCAAAUUUUUAUGGCUUUGGAUUAAUAUAUAAAAGAUGAUAUAAACCAUUUGCCCAAAAGGCAUCAUUCUGUUAAUCCCACAGCAUAAUGAAUGGACUCUGGGAUGCAAAUCUUUGGUGGCCAGUUAAAUAAUAGGAACAGAUUGGUAUGUACAAUAUAUCAUGUUGCAAGUGGAGUUGCAUCAUUUUAACAUAAUUAUAUAUUGGUCUGUAGAUACUUUAUUCCUAUUCCUAAACUGUAAAUGUUAUAUUCCUUAUAGCCUUAUUCUUAGUGCUCAUGUGAUAUUCUUAUUUUUAUAUUCUUCAUCAUUGACUCAUUUCCUUAUCUCAGGUUUACUUCAGGUUUUUCUCACCUCUGCAUUAUUAUUCAUAAACUGGUUUAUUAAUAAAGAAUUAUAGGAUAUGUUUCCAGGUUGUUAAAAGAACAUACACUAAAUAUGAGUAGAUGUAUUUUAAAGCAAAAACUACUACAGUGGAGAACAUUUUUCUAUAAUCAUCAAAUGCAAAAAGGGUCAUUUAAAAAAUAAUUCUCCCCUGUCCAAAUAAGAUUUUUAAUUUAUUAUCUAUAAGAAUCCACUAAAAUUUGGUUAUAGUGUUGUUAAUAAAAUCAGUGAUGUGACAUAAAUAAGACUCAUGAGGUUGUGAUAAAGACUAUAAUGCCAUCACUGGCUUUUUUCUAGUCGUGGAGGCUGUCAGUUCCUCUCUAGUUCUUUUUAAUAGCCUAUUGUCAAAGCUUACAUAUAUAAAUGUAUUUCAAAACUUCAAAAGGAGUAGUGAAUGAUUCUUAUGAAAAACACUUGCCUUGUGAAUCUAAAUUUUUAAGAAUAAACCAGAAUGCUAUACACUAUUCACUAAUUGGGUGUGUAUUCCUGUCUGAAGUGUACAUUUAAUAACCCGGUAGGAAAAUAAGAUACAGAUUUUCAGUGUAAAUAUUAAUUUGAAGACUGUAGUAGAGUAUCACCACAGACUGCAGAGCACUGGACACAAUGGCAAACCUCAAUUCCAGCACUCUUUUACCUUAAUAGCACCGGGAUUGAAAACUUCCAUGUCCACCUUCUAUAUUCCUUUUUCAACUGGAUGCUAAGGUCAUAUACCCUUACAUACUUAUCACUUCUUAUUAAUAUAGCCAAUUAUAUCAUUGCCAUAUCAUCAUUUUUUGUUAAUGUCCAUAUUCAUUAUGUAUUGCUUUCUUGACCUAUGUUGUUAAUUUAUGUUACAAUAAAUAU